UGGGAUUUAUGCAAUAGGCUUACAGGAUGUAAUCUGGGUAGUCCAAAAAUGCUGUCUUACAUUGUGAGAUUGAAAAUCUGGUAGGCAUUCAGUCUACAAGGCUGGACAUCCCAGCAGCCCCCGUCUGGCACUGGAGUCCUGGAGGAUUUCUGGAGAGCUGCUGGUCUUCAUCUACAUUUUCAUCAUGAAGAAGUUGGUUCUAAGACCAGUGAAGGAAUGACACAGUGGCAACAGGAUACAUGAACUUGCCAGUGAUAGUGAGGGACCAAAAAAAGAACAGUUUCUUCUUCCAUUACCUUGGGCAGCCACCAGAGAGUACUCCCCACCUUUGGAAUGAGCCCUCCUCCUGCUUCAAAUAGCCUAAUCAAGAAAAUCCUUCACAUGAGCAUCGAGAGCUGCAUUUUAUUUGACCCCAGAUAUACUCAAGUUGACAACCAAGAUUAGCCAUCCCACUAUGGUUUAAGUGUUCUGUCAAGGGUCCUGUGUUGAAAUGGAAUACCUGUUGUAAGACGUAAGGAGUGGGAACUUCAUUUGAUGUAGGAUCAAAGGUGAUUAGAAUAAAGUCAUUAAGGUGAAGAUCCCAUUGGAUACUAGUGGCUUCCUAGGACUGAUCAAAACCAGUUCAUGUGUGCAGACAUAUGAUAAAUAAAAUAAUUUUAGAAAGUUACAAAGAAAGAGGAUGACAAGGAGCUGUGGGGGUACUCACACAGAUGUUAGUGGACGACACUGCAUCUGGCUUAUGCUGUGGUCUGAAUGUGAAAAGUCUCCUACAAGCAGCUCAUGUGUCUGAGCAUUUGCUUUCCAGCUACAGUGCUAUUGGUGAGAGUUGGAGCCUUUAAGAGGCAGAGCCUGGUAGAGGAAGUGGGUCACUGGAACAGGCUUUGAGACUUUAUAGCACGGUGUGGCUUCCUGUUCAUUUUCUCUGCUUCCUUGCUGCUGGCUGUUGUGCUGUGACCAGCUGGCUUCCUGCCCCUGACACCAAGUCUCCUGUACCACGGUGGAAUUUAGAUCUUCAAACUAAAAUGGCCACCCAGGGAGAAGACUUUGAGGAGAUGAUUUCCGAAUUUGAUGAUGAUUUGGCCUCUGAGUUCUCUGCUCUUCUCGGUGUGGAUGCCCUUCAGGUCUUAAAGAGACAACAAGAAGAAGACCACAAAGAACGAAUGAAGAUGAAGAAAGGUUUUAACUCACAGAUGCGCAGUGAAGCCAAACGAUUACAGACCUUUCUGACCUGUGACACAUUCAGAUCAUGGACGCCACAGGAGCUGGCAGCCGCUGGGUUUUACUUUACCGGGGUGAAACUUGGGGUUCAGUGCUUCUGCUGUAGCCUAAUCCUCUUCUGCACCAGACUCAGGAAUCUUCCCAUAGAAAGCCACAAGAGAUUGCGUCCUGAAUGUGAGUUCCUGUUGGGCAAAGACGUUGGUAACAUUGGCAAGUAUGAGGUAAGGGUGAAGAGUCCAGAGAAGCUGAGAGGUGGCAAAGCAAGGUACCAAGAGGAGGAGGCCAGACUGGAGUCCUUUGAGAGCUGGCCGUUUUACGCCCAUGGGACACCGCCACGUGUGCUCUCAGCAGCUGGCUUUGUCUUCACAGGUAAAAGGGACACCGUGCAGUGUUUCUCCUGUGGUGGAUGCCUGGGAAACUGGGAAGACGGAGAUGACCCUUGGAAGGAGCAUGCCAAGUGGUUCCCCAAGUGUGAAUUUCUUCAAAGUAAGAAAUCCUCGGAGGAAAUUGCCCACUAUAUUAAAAGCUACGAGGGAUUUGUCCAUGUAACGGGAGAACAUUUUGUGAAUUCCUGGGUCAGAAGAGAAUUACCUAUGGUGUCAGCUUACUGCAAUGACAGCGUCUUCGCUAAUGAAGAACUAAGGCUGGACACUUUUAAGGACUGGCCCCAUAAAGCACCUGAUGCCGCUAAAGCUAUGGUCAGAGCGGGCCUGUUCUACACAGGCAAAAGUGACACUGUCCAGUGUUUUUCCUGUGGAGGAUGUAUGUGCAAUUGGGAGGAAGGUGACGACCCAUUAAAAGAUCACUCCAAGUUUUUUCCCAACUGUGUCUUUCUUCAAACCCUGAAGUCCUCUGCAGAAGUGACUCCAGCCCUUCAGAGCCACUGUGCACUUCCAGAAGCCAUGGACAGCACAGGGGGAAGCAGUCGUGAGGAUGCAGGGGCAUUUCUCUCCACCGUGGCUGAUGUUGCUCCAAGUGAAGCCCAGGGAUGUGAACGUCCACCCAGAGGUGCCUGCGUCCUCUCCACAGAGCUGGAUCAGCGUGAGGCCCAGUGGCUUCAAGAGGCCAAGAGUCUGAGUGAGCAGCUGAGAGCAGCCUACACCAAAGCCGCUUUCCGCCACAUAAAUUUGCCAGAGGUGUGUUCCAGCCUAGGCACUGACCACUUGCUUGGCUGUGAUCUGUCCAUCGUCUCAAAGCACAUCAGCAGGCCAGUGCAAGAGGCCUUGACGCUUCCUGAGAUCUUCACCAACCUCAACUCUGUCCUGUGUGUGGAGGGGGAAACUGGCAGUGGGAAGACCACCUUCCUGAAGAAAACAGCCUUUCUCUGGGCAUCGGGAUGCUGCCCCCUGCUGAACAGGUUCCAGCUGGUCUUCUACAUCUCCCUGCGUUCCAGCAGACCAGACCAGGGCCUGGCCAGCAUCAUCGGUGCCCAGCUCCUCGAGACAGGAGCGAGAGUUAGUGAGGUGUGUCUGAGUGACAGCAUCCGGCAGUUGAAGCACCAGGUGCUCUUCCUGGUGGACGACUACAGUGGGAUGGAGUCACUGCCCCAAGCCAUAGAAACCCUGAUUACAAAGAACUACUUGUCACAGACCUGCUUGUUGAUCGCUGUCCAUACCAACAGGGCCAGGGCCAUCCGCCCAUACCUAGACACGAUUCUAGAGAUCAGAGAGUUUCCCUUCUACAACACUAUCUCUGUAUUGCGGAAGAUAUUCUCACACAAUAUAAUCCGUGUGCAUAAGUUUAUAAACUACUUUGGAAAGAAUGAAGAUUUACAGGGAAUUCACAAAACCCCCCUCUUUAUGGCAGCAGUCUGUACAGACUGGAUUCAAAAUCCUUCCGACCAGUCCUUUCAUGAUGUGGCCGUUUUCAAGUCCUAUAUGAAAUAUCUUUCCUUAAAGCACGAGGCUGCAGCUGAGCGUCUCAAGGCCACUGUGUCCUCAUGUGGCCAGCUGGCCUUGACAGGGCUUUUCUCAUCUUGCUUUGAGUUCAGUAGUGAGGAUCUCACAGAAGCAGGAGUUGAUGAAGGUGAAGAUCUGACCACCUGCUUCAUGAGCAAAUUCACCGCCCAGAGACUGAGCCCAGUCUAUCGCUUCUUGAGUCCUCUGUUCCAAGAAUUUCUUGCUGCCAUGAGGCUGACUGAACUCCUGGGUUCAGAAAGAGAGGAAGACCAAGGCCUGGGGCUUGAUUAUUUGAGACAAGUUAACUCACCCUUGAAGGCUGUGAGUGUCUACAACAAUUUUUUGAAGUAUAUCUCCAGCCACCCUUCACCAAAGGCAGGGCCAAAAAUUGUGUCUCACUUGCUUCAGUUGGUGAGUGAUAAAGAGUCACUGGAGAACUUGUCUGAAAAUGAGGAUUAUGGGAAACUCCAUCCAGAAAGUUCCCAGAGGAUGCAGUUUGUUUGGGGGUUGUGGCAGAUUUUUCCCGAAGCUUUCUUGUUAUUCGCUUCAGAAAAUUUAUUGAAUGCUGCUCUAAAGUUUGCUUAUGAAAGCAAUGCAGUUACUUCCUGUUCUCCAUUUAUCUUGCAAUUCCUUCGAGGAAGAACACUGGCUUUGAAUGUAUUGAAUUUACAGUACUUUGGGGACCACCCAGAAAGCCUGCUAUUAUUGAAGAGUAUUAAGGUCUCCAUAACUGGAAAUAACAGCGAACAGAGAAUAGAUUUUUCAUACAUGGAAAAAGGUUUUGAGAAAGUCCAGCCACCAACAAUAGAUGAGGAUUAUGCAUCUGCCUUUCAAUCUAUUAAUGAAUGUGAAAAAAAUUUAGCUGAAAAAGAGGAUAUCAUAAAGAACUAUGUGGCUAUCCUACGCCAGGCACCACCAGACAUCAGUGCUGGGUACUGGAAACUGUCACCCAAGCAGUACAAGAUCCCUAGGCUGGAAGUUGGAGUGGCCAACAUGGGUCCAGCAGACCAAGCACUGCUCCAGGUCCUAAUGGAAAUCUUCUCGGCAUCGCAGGAUAUCGAACUCCGUUUGACACACAGCAGUGACUUUCUUGAAAGCAUCCGUCCUGCUCUGGAGCUGCAUAAAACCUCUGUCACCAAGUGCUCCCUGUGCAGACUGAGGCUCAGUGCAGCAGAACAGCAGCUGCUUCUCACCCUGCCUGCCUUGCGGUCUCUUGAGGUCUCAGGGACAAAGCAGUUGCCAGAUCAACUCUUCGCUAACUUGGACAAGUUCCCAAACCUGCGAGAACUGUCUGUGAGACUAGAUGGCAUACCCGAUGUGCUGUCUGUCUUCCCUGGAGACCUCCCAAACCUCCACCACAUGGAGAAGCUAUCCAUCCAAACUUCCACAGAGUCUGACCUCUCCAAACUGGUUAAAUUGAUUCAGAACUCUCCCGAUCUUCAUGUUUUCCACCUGAAAUGUGAUUUCUUUUCGGAUUUUGAGUCUCUCAUGGCUGUGCUUGCUUCCUGCAAGAAACUCAGAGAGAUUGAGUUUUCUGGACAAUGCUUUGAAACCAGGCCAUUUGUGGCUAUUUUGCCAAAUUUUGUUUCACUGAAGAUAUUGAAUCUCAGACACCAAAAAUUUCCAGAUAAAGAAACAUCAGAAAAGUUUGCACAGGCUCUGGGUUCUCUCAGGAACCUGGAGGAACUGCUCCUUCCCACUGGGGACGGGAUUCAGCAGGUGGCCAAACUGAUUGUCCAGCAGUGUCUGCAGCUCCCGUGUCUCCGAGUUUUUGCUUUUACAGAGACGUUGGAUGACGACAGCGUGAUGGAAAUCGCCAAGGGAGCAACCAGUGGAGGUUUCCAGAAACUUGAGAACUUAGAUCUUUCAAUGAAUCACAAGGUCACAGAGGAAGGGUACAGAAAUUUCUUUCAAGUCCUGGACAACCUGCCAAACUUGAAAAAGCUAGAUGUUUCCAGGCAUCUCCCAGAAUGCUUCCAAGUUCAGGCCACCACUGUCAAGGCUCUGAGUCAGUGUGUGUCCCGACUGCCCAGCCUCACCAGGCUGGGGAUUCUCAGUUGGCUCCUGGAUGAAGAGGACAUGAAAGUGAUUAAUGCUGUGAAGGAAAGGCACCCUCAGUCUGAACGCCUGAUUGUUCACUGGAGGUGGGUAGUGCCCUUCUCUCCUGUCAUUCAGAAGUGAAGGAUGCAGGUGAUUAAUGUCAGGUCUGAAAACCCAACUUUCUAAUACAGUUCACUCUAGACAAGCAUGGUGUAAUCCCAGUACUUAAGAGACUGAGGCAGGAGGAUCAAGAGGUUGAGGCCAGACUGGGUUACAUAACAAGACCUUAGUGCAGAACCAAAUCGUUCACUAUUACAUAUACAAGAAUAUCCCUAAGCUGUCAGGCUGGUGACUGAAAUCCUGCAUGCCAUCACUGAACUUAGGAGCUAUGAGUCCUUGUAUGGUCCUCCUUUGAUGGGGGAUAUCCUUCUGUAUAUAUGUUUCUCUUAUUGGCCAAUAGACACAAUGAGUGGGACUAGGACAUGAGGGGAAUUCUGUGAUGGGUAGGCAGAGGGAGACUACCAGAGGAGACACCAAGUAUAUUCUCCGACAAGAUAAGACCACGUGGAAAUACUUAUUGGAGGAGGGUCUGGACCAGGUGGAACAAGAGAACCACCAGCAACACUCCUGUCUAUUAAAAGCCUUCAAGCCCACACUGAGCUAUGAUUAACAGUCCUUGGAACCUUGUAUGGUCCUCCUGUCUAAAGACUAGAGUCUCACUCAAGUUCAUACCAAGAACCUUCCAUUGCCAGGAUCAACAGGAAAUGGCAGGGAAAGAAACAAUGAUCUGUGUAAAAACCAUAACAUGGAAGGCGGUUUGAUGGAGGUAAGAUACUGCCAGUUUAGCUGGGAGGAGGUGGCGCACGCCUUUAAUCCCAGCGCUCGGGAGGCAGAGGCAGGCGGAUCUCCAUGAGUUCGAGGCCAGCCUGGUCUGUGGAGCUAGUUCCAGGUCAUGCUCCAAAGUUACACAGAAAUCCUGUCUCGAAAAACCAAAAAAAAAAAAAAAAGGAAGAAAAAGAAAUGGCCACUUUGAGGAUGAAUCAGUCCCACCCACGAUGAAGCAGGAGCUCACUUUAUCUCAGGAUGCAGAUGACUCUUUCCAGGGCUUUUGUGCAUUCACCAGCCUUGGUGUGACCACGCUUGCCACACCGUCUCUCACCCAUUGCCAAUGUGAGGAAGACGUUGGUCUUAGAGAAAAGCGCUUUCAUUCCAGAGGUUUCUGGGAGUUACAUAUAUUAUGAUAGCUUUGUAUUUUUUUUUUUUUGAGAAUCCACUCUGUUUUGUGUGAUUUAAUCUUGUAAUGGUUUCUGGGUAUAUUAAUUUGAUUGUGAUAAUUGUCAUUUCAUAAUUGUUACUGCUCUAGAGGUGGUGGGGUCUGGGAGAAUGGAGCCAGUAAAUGAGGUGAACUAAA